ACGAGAUGGCUAUAUAAAGCAGGAUCCAUUCGCCAAAACGCGAGUCCUCUCAGUCUUUCUCCCCCCACGGCAGAAUUCCGAUUCCGGCCGCCUCCUAUACAUAGCCAGCCAGCCUUCCACCCUCUCCCCUCCCCCAACACAGAGCAGCGAGCCGCGCGCGGAGGCGAGGCGUUCGCACACCUCGCCCGCGCCACCACCACCGCUCCGUUGCGCCCGCCAGCCGUCACGCGUGACGUUUCCCGGGGGGCCGGGGGAGAGAGAGGCAGAAGGAGGAGGCACGGAGAGGACGAGACAGGAUGCUCGGGUUCAGGCAGAUGCCGUGGUCGUCGGCGCAGGAGCAGGAGCAGGCGCCGUCGGAGCAGCUGUGCGAGGGGGUGUCGGCCGUCGUGGCGGCGCGCCAGGGGAUGGAGAAGCCGCUGACGGCUGUGGCGGAGGCGUUCGAGGAGCUGGCGCGCGGCAUGGAGGCCGAUGGCGGGGAGCUCCGCCUCGCUCCCUUCAGCGACUCCUGCGCUCUCGUCUCCGUGCUCUUCAGCAGCCUCGGGAUGGCCUUCAGGUUCGCCGAGAUCGAGUACGUCACCAAGGUGAACGAUCUCAUCGGUGCCGGCAAGUCGUACCGCACGUUGAGCGACAUCCUCGACAAGGACAUCCAGAAUGACUGCGUGAAGAAGCAGGGAAGCCACUCCCGGAACUUACGCAGGGUCCGUCUCGGCCUCGGCCUCAUUAAAGCCCUCUUCGAGCAAUUCCUCGAUACCGAGGGGACAUUGUAUGAUGCUGCUACGAUAGCUUACGGGCAGGUCUGCGCGCCGUUUCAUAGCUGGGCGAUCAGGAAGGCUGUUGGUGCUGGCAUGUACACUCUUCCAACUAGGGAGCAGUUGAUAGUGCGGCUGAAUGAAACUGAUUUCUCCGUGCAGAAGGAGAUGAGGAGAUACAUUGAUGCUUCUAGUCCUAUCAUAGAGUACAUCGACAACCUUUUCCUCUCGAGGAACAUUAGCCUAGAUUGGUGAGCUGAUCUGAACUGGACUGGACUGAAGAUCAAGUCUGCAGCUUGUUCACAAAGCCGUUGUUGGUACCAUCGAUUUAUUGUUCAUAGUUAUUUAUUCAGCCUUGUUGGGUGGUGGAUGGAUGCUCCCUUUUCUUCCUUUGUUGCACGCACGGGUCUCGUGCAUGUGUUGUACAACUGCAUGAUAAUUCUAGCAUGGACAUUGAUGUUCUUGCCGACUGUCCAUAUAGAAACUGAUGGAUAAUGCAAACGACUAUUCAGAUAUC